GUAAUCUACAGAGCUAGCGUUUGAGGCCCAUUGUUUCUCAUACGUUCUCUCAGAUAUUUUCAUCAGGUCUUCGUCAGCUACUGAUUGCCACGGUCAGGAUUCAUAAUGACCAAUAGAACACCACGCAUACUAGAGAGGGUACCAAAGCAGAAUCCGGAUGGCACAGACAUCAUAUACGUUGACGGAUUCGAAGGCGCGGAGCCUGAUUUGGCCCACGGAGAAUGGGUCAAUCAAUUGCACACUAUAUGUCAGGCAAAUAUCUCAGCCGCAAUCAUUCAUCUUCCUCUGGGUAUGCAGUUUGCCAACAGACCUGAUGAUCUUACCAAUGCGUUGCACAAUGUGCGAGACAUCCUCCUAUUGGAGUUGUACGCCUUCUACGAACAGAGGACGUCGCACAUUGUCUUUGUUGGCUUUCGCUUAGCAGGGAUCGCAUUGAAGCAAGCUCUUUGUUCUGCUCGACAAAACCAGGAGAGUAACGCUCAGGCCAGAAGUUUAUUAGACAACAUCGACGGAAUCAUCCUCGUGGGCACUCCCCAACUCGAUGAGGUUGAUAAAGUCGACGCUGCAAAAGCUCUUUCAAGAUUGAUCAGCGGCAAAUCGAUACCAGGUAAGAAGGUAACAAAACUGGAUGAACCGCUUAAAUCUGUCAAGAAGAUAGCGCAUGACUUCGAUAAUCAAUACUUUGACUUCCCCAUAGCGACUUUUGUCGAAACUGUCAGGAAACAGUACGGCCGUCGAAGAUUCCGCAACGGUGGUAGGAGAGAGGAGCGAGUGUGGGUCGACAAAGCAGCGGGAAGAACAAUACCUAUGAGUGGCGAGUUGGCCGACUUCUUCAAAGGCGCAAACGAUCUUGAGCUUACGGACCUGCUAAAAGAGAUCGCACAAAAGGCACGUCGGAGGGCAAACAACUACGGGAUCUUACAGGAAGAGACCAGGACAGAUACAACAUCAUCAGACAUCGCAGCAAGUGCAGGCAGCUCGAGUAGUGAGAGAGUCAGGCAACCUUUAUCCGAUAUCAAAUCGAGAGCACGUUUACGAAAGAGGCUUGCAAAUACCAAAAGCAUGGCGACUAGUGUUCCUACAGCCCGUGUUCCUUGCUAUUAUCAUCUUCCAAAACCGCCAACAAACGGGCUGUUUGGGAGGGACGAUCUAUUGAAAGACAUACACAAGGCGCUUACUGAGGGUUCCGCCGUAAGUAGCAAUGCGAAGCAAAGGGCGCCACAGGGGGCUGUCCCGCCUCAACUAAGGGCCUUUGUUCUGUCCGGAAAGCCGGGAUUUGGCAAAACCAGCGUCGCAAAAGAGUAUAUCCAGCGAUACAAGGCUAACUAUGAUACCAUCGCAUGGAUUGACGCUGAUAAUAAAUUGACGCUGAUAAGCGAAUAUGCCGCAUUUGCCUCGAGCUUGGACAUAGUGUCGGCCCAGGAGAAUGACGAUACAGCCAUCGUGGCUGUCUUGCGCCAAUGGCUUCAUGAACCGGAAUCGAGAAACCGACGAUCCAACGAAACAAAACCUGCUACAUGGCUGAUUGUAAUGGACGAUGCCAAAGCUGCCAACUUCACUGUUGAUCUUUGGCCUAGGGAAGCUGACGGAGCCAUUCUCGUCAUCAGUCGAAAUCAGAAUCUCCGAUCUCGCGCGUUCCUAGAUACAAAUGGAUGCGAUCUUGGACCUUUAUCGACACAUGAAGCGGUGCGGUUAUUCUCAUCAAUUGCUGGUCUACCAUCUAGCUCGUCCAACGACCCCAAUAUCAUAGAUAUUGUUCAGGACUGGCAAUGCAUUCCAUAUGCGGUUGCUAGUGUAGCAACAGCAUUCCGCAACGGUGUAGAAAGCCUUUCCCAGUUUAAGCUUUCCCAGGCCUCCCAAAAGAAGCGAUUCCUUGACCAAGGAACAUCAAGCCUGCCAUCCAUAGCCGCAAUGUGGGCGCUGGACAAGCGAAGUCCCUCCGAAGCUGCCCUGUUGAGUGUUCUGGCUUUCCUCCGUCAUGUACAGAUCCCGGAGCAACUUCUCACGACGCACUGGGCGAUCACCAAUCUUGGUUACUACCCUGAUCCAAAUAGCUAUAUUUCAUGCCGCAAGAGUCUCCAAGAAGAUAGACUCUUGCAUUACAAUGAGAACAGCGAAACCCUUUCCAUUGAUGAGAUCCUCCAAGGCGCAAUAAAGGCUACGUACCUCAAAGAUUCUACGACCUUCUCCAGGGCCUUCAUCGCUACAUCCCGGCUUCUAUGUGCCGCAUGGCCGAAAGAGGUCACUGCUGAGGUGAACUUCUCGUUGAUAAAUGUGAAGGACUUGCGAGAUUUGAAGCAAGCCCUACUAUCCCACAUUGACCACGUAUCGAAUUCAUAUCAGAAUGCUGGACUUGAAGUUCAACGCCAUUGCGCAACACGAGAACUCGCAACGGUGCUGGUCGAAACAGCUUGGUUUUGCAUGGGCAGGGGGCUUUAUCCCCGGGCCCUUCCGUUGCUCGAUACAUUUGAUGUCGUGAAAAUCCAUGUAGCGGAAGACAUGGUUGACUUGGUCUCGUCUAGACAUAGCACAGCGGGCGCCAUAGCCAUGGCAAUCAAUGAUCACAAGACGGGACUACGGCACUACCAUGAAUUCAAGUCGACGCAGGAUAUCAUGUUCAAAGAAACUGGAGCGCUCAACAGCAAAUAUGCCGCGGCGCAUUCGGAGCUGGGUAUGGCAUACAUUUACAAUGAAGAAGCCACCGAAGCUGUCAAGCAACUGUUCGACGACUCGAUUCAGAUACGGAAACAACUACCAGGAUAUGAAGAGAUCAAUUUGUUCAAUUGUCUACGCGGAAAGGCGUACUGGCAUCACUUGAAAGAGGAGUUCGAUGAAGCCUCAUCCCUACUCAAAGAAGCAGUAAAACAUCGCUCAGACAAGUACGGCGUGGAUGAUAAAAGAUCAGGACGAAGCGCUGGCUUGCUGUUCGACCUGGGAAAUGUCACAUACAGACAAAACUUCGACAAAAAUUUUGUGGAGUGGAAUGAUCUCGCCCUAGAGCCACAAAGUCUCCCUUCAUCCGUCGAUCAAUCACCGCACAACCAUAAGCCUGUUGACGGCACCUCACCACAAGAUCUAUGCAUGAACUAUUACACCCGUGCGUUGAAUAUCUAUCUCGAAGUCAAAGGUGACGAGCAUGUGGAUGUCGCUCACGCACGUGUCAUGAUCGCACGCCAGAUUCUGGUCAACCAGGACAGGAGCAGAUUGCAUGAAGCAGAACUACUGCUCGACCAAGCCAUUGGCACUCUUUCGCGGACUGGUUACUACAACCGAGAAAUCGCAAGGGCUUUGUUCCUCCAGAGCGAGGUUCUACGCCACGAAAAGAGGCCAGGAGCCGGGAGCGCCAGGCGAAUGGAAGCGAUGGAUGUUCGAGAUGAAUUAUGUCCGGCUGACAAAAUUCCUUUGGAUGAGCUGAAGAUGGAGCAUUUCGACAGCUUAGUGCAUGUACUUAUCCGGUAAAGAUUGUACCAAUUCUACCUAACGCUAUUUGUGUUGAAGUGUAGAAUUUUAGGUGUUGUACUAAGAAAGAUCUGGAAAAUGCCCUUGUUAGUUACUGCAUAUUCUAGCAAAGUAAUGCCCUGUUGAUAUCCCG